AUGUAUUCCCGACUCCUCCCAGCUUCUCUUCUUGUCGCACUGGCAUUGCACAGCCAGGCGACUACUGCCGCCGAGCCAAAGGUCAUGGACCCAUGUACAGUCGCGGGAUCGAACGGUGCCUUUUACGACCUUCGACCGCUCUCAAUACUGCCUCCGAAGGAUGGGAAGAAGCCAGGCAAGCACGAGAAGACGGACGAUUGGCAUGUGAAGGGUUAUGACUACCCCUACAACUUUACUUUGAACAUUUGUGCUCCUGCUAUAAAACCAGCGGAGCAUGCCGUGGGCAUUGACAAGAAGCUAUGGGCAAAUGUCAGCGCUUACUACGAGCAUAAGGAUAAGAUCUAUUCUAUUGGACAACUAUCAUCAAAUCUCACUCUCCGGGGGAGACGACUAGUUCUACAAUACACGGAUGGCUCUCCAUGCCGGGAUGACCGAAAACGAAACCCAAAGUCAGACGACGACGACGAAGACGAAGAAGAUGACGAAGAUGAGAAACCCAAAAAAGAUAGUUCGAGCCGAAAGUCCACCAUGAUCUCCUUCCACUGCGACAAAGACCCCCUCGCAACCCAACCAUCCGUAACGUUUGUAGGUGCCGACCCUGAUAAUUGCGCCUAUUCGUUCGAAGUGCUUUCAAAAGACGCCUGCAUCGGGGCGGAACCUGCAAAACAAGGAGCAGGGCCUGGUGCCGUGUUCGCCAUUAUUGGCGUCAUCGCAAUCCUCGUGUACUUCCUAGGAGGCGUAUUCUACCAGCGCAAUGUAGCGCACGCGAGAGGGUGGCGUCAGCUGCCGAAUUACAGCAUAUGGGCUGGCAUGGGGAGUUUUAUUAAGGAUACAUUCAUAAUCGCCACAUCGUCUUGUGCACGCCUCCUCCCUUCACGCCGGGGCUACAGCUCCCUCUCCGUCUCCGCUAACGGGUCAUCCAGUGGCCGCGGACGUGGCAGAGGGUCUGGACCCGAGGAUGAGAAUCGGCUGAUUGACCAGCUGGAUGAGGAGUGGGAUGAUUGA